GAUGCGCGGCGGCGCCGCUGAUUGGUGGCGGCGGGGCCUGAACGUUCCAGAAGCGGCGGCGGUUCGGGGGUCCCGGUUCGGGUGUCCCGGCGCCGGUUCGGGGGGUCCCGGAGGGUCCCGGAGCCGCUUUUGGGGGUCCCGGCUCGGGAGGUCCCUGCUCGGGGCGAUCCGUGGGCCCGGCGGGUCCCGGUUCGGGGGCCCGGCGGGUCCCGGGGCGGGGCGGGGUUUGGGGGGGGGUCCCCGGUUUGGGGGUCGCGGGGCGAUGAACGGGGCGAUGAACGGGGCGGAGGCCCCGCCGGGCCCCGUGUGGCUCUCGGUGAGCAGCUCCCUGAACGCCUUCCGAGCCUGCAAACGCUUCUCGCCCGCGCUCACCAUCGCCGAGCUCAAGUGCAAGCUGGAGCUGGUGGUGGGCUCCCCGGCGUCCUGCAUGGAGCUGGAGCUGUUCGGGGCCGAGGACGAGCCGCUGGGGCCGCUGGCGCAGGACGAGGCCCUGCUGGGCUCCUACCCCGUCACCGACGGCUGCCGCAUCCACGUGACGGAUCGCAGCGGGGCCCGCGUGGGCGAGUUCGAGGACCUGUCGCAGGUGCCCAAGUACGAGAUGGCCGAGAGCGACUACGAGAAGAGGACAGAGUCGAUGCGUUCCUUCCUGCGGCAGCGCUCGUGGGGCCGCUGGGACACGGAGGGUUCCCGCCGGCGGGAGCAGGAGCGGGAGCAGCGCCGGGAGCAGGAGGCGGCUCUGGCCGCGACCCUCCCGCUCGGCGCCCGCUGCGAGGUCCGAGUGCCCGGCCAGCCCUGCCGCAGGGCCACCAUCCUAUACGUGGGUGAGACGGAUUUCAAGCCGGGGCACUGGGUGGGCGUUCGCUACGACGAACCCCUGGGCAAACACGACGGCAGCGUGGGCGGCCGCCGGUACUUCGAGUGCCCCCCCAAAUACGGCGCCUUCGUGAAGCCGCAGAGCGUCACCCCCGGGGACUUCCCCGAGGAGGACGAUGGGCUGGAGGACGAGCUCUGAGACUGGGGAGGGGUCCCGGGGGGGCGGGGGGGGGUCCCGGGGGGAGAAACAGCCCCAAAUCGCUGCGUUCUUCCCUCGUUUUGGGGGGUUUUCCCGCCCAAAAAUCACCCCCUCCCCCCCCCCCGCAGCGUCGCCCCCAGCGUUUUGGGGUCACCCCCAAAAGGGACCCGAAAAGAACCCAAAUCCCCCCCCCCCCUCAAAACGCCCCCAUCGGGGGGGGUGGUGUCUCCUGGAGGGGGCGUGGCUUCUGUCGGAGGCCACGCCCUCUGCACGCUGAAAGGGGGCGCGGCCCGCGGGAUGGGGCGGGGCCGUGAGGCGGAUGGGCGGGGCCUGUCCCGCCGUGCCCCGCCCUCUCCGCUCCCAGCGCGACCCCCUCCCCAACCCCCCCCUCCCUUCCCCAGUAAAGUGGCGUUUUAACGUGAAAAA